AUGUCGGAGAUCCUGUGCCAGUGGCUCAACCAGGAGGUGAAGGUGUCCCAGACCGUGAGUCCCAAGUCAUUUGCAAAGGCAUUUUCUAGUGGCUAUCUCAUUGGAGAAGUUCUGCACAAGUUUGAACUUCAGGAUGAUUUUUCAGAAUUUUCGGAAAACAGGAACCCCAGUGCCAAACGUAGUAAUUUUUCUCGCUUGGAACCAACACUUCACCUUCUUGGUGUGCAGUUUGAUCAGAAUGUAGCCCAAAAUAUCAUCACGGAAAAGCCUGGGGCAGCAACAAAGCUUUUAUAUCAACUAUACAUCACUCUGCAGAAGAAGAAGAAGAAGGGUGGGCCGAUGGGAGUGGAAGCGCAAAUCACGCAACCGGUCACCGCUGUAAAGCUGCAAAAUUUGAAGAGUGAGGCUUUUCGAGAUCAACGCUUGAGCCGAAGACGACAGAAUGAGAUCAUGGCCAAAAUCCAAGCCGCUAUUAUUCAGAUUCCCAAACCUGCAUCGAAUCGUACCAUGAAGGCACUUGAGGUCCAAAAAAUGAUGAAAAAGAAAAGAGAGGCAGAGGAUGUGGCCAAUGAGAUUAAGAAGUUUGAAGCAUUAAUAAAAAAGGAUCUUCAGGCAAAAGAAAGUGCAUCCAAGACGGCUUUAGACACAACAGGUCAGACAACUACUGAUUUGUUAAACACUUACUCGGAUGAUGAAUAUAUUAAAAAAAUCCAAAAACGCCUAGAAGAAGAUGCUAUUGCACGAGAACAAAGGGAGAAAAGACGGAGGAGACUAUUAAUGGAUCAACUAAUAGCUCAUGAAGCACAAGAGGAGGCCUAUCGGGAGGAACAGCUGAUUAACCGCCUGAUGCGGCAGUCCCAGCAGGAGCGCAGGAUCGCGGUGCAGCUCAUGCACGUGCGGCAUGAGAAGGAAGUUUUAUGGCAAAACAGAAUUUUCAGAGAAAAACAAUAUGAAGAAAGACGACUGAAAGAUUUCCAGGAUGCUCUUGAUCGAGAGGCGGCUUUGGCAAAACAAGCCAAGAUUGAUUUUGAAGAACAAGCACUCAGAGAAAAGGAAGUUCAUGAACAGAUUGCUGUGGAAAGAGCUCAAGCCCGUUACGAAAAGCAUUAUUCAAUAUGUGCAGAAAUUUUGGAUCAAAUACUUGAUUUGUCUACUAAAAUAGCAGACUAUCGAAUGUUGACAAAUAAUCUGAUUCCAUAUAAGUUGAUGCAUGACUGGAAGGAACUGUUUUUUAAUGGAAAGCCCAUAUAUGAACAAGCCUCUAUUAAGCAUCUCCCAGCCAAGCCCUCAGCAGAACAACUGACAGAACUGGAGAAAAGGGACUUGCUAGACAGCAAUGACUACAAAGAAUAUAAGAACAUGGUUGGAGAGUGGGCCUUACCAGAAGAGAUGAUUGAUAAUUUACCACCCUCCAACAAUUCCAUAUUGGGCCAUGUGAUUCACAGACUAAUCGAAAAAUCUCUUCCUCCUCAAGUUGAAUCAACAGAGCUUGAAUUACCAUCAUUUGGUAUUACAGGGUGCUUAUUAGGGAAAACAUUCAGUGGAAAAACUACUGUACUGAAGUCUUUGCAAAAAGACUUUCCUAUUCAGAUACUCACUAUUGACACACUUGUCCAAGAAGCUAUCCAAGCCUUUCACAACAAUGAAAGAGAUAGUGUGAACCAGCCUGUUGAGAAAGAAACAGAAGCAAACUCUCUGCGUGUUCUGGAAGAGACUGAUGAAAGCCAGGCAAGUGUGAUUGAAUUUUCUAUAUCUGAUGUAGUAGAGUUGAUGGAAUGGAAUCAAAGAAGUCUUCUAGAUCAGAAGUUGCUCACUCUGCGUGCUCAGCUUGGUGCAAAAUCAGAAAAAUUGCUGAAGAAAGGAAAGAGCAUCCCUGAUACAUUGCUAAUUAGCAUCAUGGUAAAUGCUAUCAAAAAUAUACCUGUGGAUCAAGGCUGGAUCCUGGAUGGCUUCCCUAUGACCCUGAACCAAGCCAAGCUCCUAGAGGAAGUUCUCACAGGCUACAACAGAAGCCUCCUAGAACUGGAAGGCUCGAAAGCACAAACACCCACCUUGGCCAUUGACACUACAGUUUCCAAAGAAGUUCCUGUUCCUCCUUCUGCAUUUGAUUUUGUUGCAUUAUUAGAUAUUUCAGAUAACUCCUCACUGAAUCGCAUGAGUGACAUCAUGGCUGAAACAUUUUUAAAUGAGACUGCUCAUGAAGAUAUCUAUCAACGUGUAGCUGCUGAAAGUGAAAAUACAGAUGAAGAUGAGAAUUUAAGAGCCCAAAUACAGCAUAGAAUUAUAGGCUUCUUGGACAACUGGCCUUCAUUAGAGAAAUGGUUCUCAGAGCCAGAAAAUAUUUUGAUAAAAAUCAAUGCUGAAGUAGAUAAAGAGUCUUUAUACCAAAAAGUAAAAGAAAUGUUUAUGACUGAAACAGUGAAAAAAGUGAAUAGAGUUAAAAAGAAAUUAGAAGAAAAGGAAGCUGAGCUGAAAGUUGUCCAGGCUGAGGCUCCACCUGCUCCUUCUGCUCCUUCUGAACCAGAAAAAGAGAAGGAAAUCCCUCCUCAGCCUCCACAAACAAAGACUCCUGCUCUGAAGGAAAAACCAUCAGAAUCCCCACUUGCUAAACAAGAAUCUUCUCAGGAAGGAAAAGGGAAGAAAGUUGACACUUCACUCAAAAGAAAAGGUUCUCCUAAAGGAAAAUUGUCAGGAGGGAAGGCAGCAGUAAAGAAAUCACCUGGGGACUCUUCAGAAACCUCACCUAUUCCAAUAGCCGCACCUCCACCUAAGCCAGGAUCAGAAGAAUGGGUCUUUGUGAAUGAGCCAAUUCCUGAGGAAAUACCUUCUUAUUUAGUAUCUUAUUGGGAUUUAAUUGAAAAUUCUUACAUAAACACCAUCAAAAGAGCACUCAGGCAUCUGAGAGAAGACCAACAUACUGUGGUCACUCACCUGUAUGAGGCCAGAACAAGUUUCGAACAGUUUCUGAGGCGUCCUGAUCACAAGCAAGAUUUUGUGUCGCAGUGGCAGGCAGAUUUCAACUCUCUUCCUGAUGACCUGUGGGAUGAUGAGGAAACAAAGGCUGAGCUACAUCAAAGAGUGAACGAUUUACGAGACCGCCUUUGGGACAUCUGUGAUGCCCGGAAGGAAGAGGCAGAGCAAGAGCGUCUGGACAUCAUUAAUGAGAGCUGGUUACAGGACUUGAUCGGAAUAACAAUGAACCAUUUCUUCACACUGAUGCAGGCGGAGCUGAACCGUUUCCAAGAUACAAAGGUACUCCUUCAAGAUUAUUAUAGGGGGAUGGAAUGCAAAAUCCCAGCAGAUAAUAAUAAGAAAUUUGCUCGAGUUCCAUUGGUCCAAGUGAAUAAUAAAGACACUAUGGAAAACCAGCUGAGAAUUCCUUUAGUUCCUCGAAUAUCCAUUUCUCCGGAUACAGCUAUAUCUAAACCAAAAACAAAAACCAUACUGAAGGGCAAGAUUGACCACUCACUAGAAAACGUGGAGUUAAACCUUGAGGCAGAUGAGAAGCUGAUAGUGGACACCUGGCAACAGACUUCUUCACUGGUGUCUCAGAUGGUUACUGCUGAAAUUCAGCAGAGGGCCUUGGAAGAAGAAAAAGAAAACCAGCCAGUGGACACAAAAGAAAAAUCUCUUCCAGCGGGUGCUAAUAAAAAAGGCAAAAAGGAACCACCCAAGAAAAACAAGGAAGACAAAAAAGCCAAAGGUAAAUCACCACCUACAGCUGAAUCCUCUCCUGUAACAAUAACUGCAGAGGAAAUUGCCGAAAUGGAAAGGAAAGCUGCACUGAAGUUAAAAAUAAAGGAAGAACAUCUUGCUGCCCUGCAAUUUGAAGAGACAGCCACAUUGUUCCGCCUUGAACUGAUAAAAACUAAAGCAUUGACUUUUCUUGAAGAUUUAGUAACGAAGGUGGUAGAUGUAUACAAACUCAUGGAAAAGUGGCUUGGUGAGAGGUACUUAAGUGAAAUGGCCAGUGUGGAAAAAUUAACAGAUGUAGCUCGCUAUCACAUUGAAACAGCUAAAAGAAUCCAGAAUGAGCUGUACUUAAACCAAGAAGAAUUCUUCAUUAAUGGUGAUGUAAAGGUCUUUCCAGAUCCCCCUCCUCCAGUACGCCCUCCACCUGUAGAAAAGGAAGAAAAUGGCACUCUGACCAUCGAACAGCUUGACAGCCUUCGAGAGAAGUUUUUAGAAAUAGCACCUAAAGGUACAAUAGGAAGUAGGACAUUUACUGACAUUCUGCUGGAUUUGGUGACCCUGAACCUUGGAACAAACAAUCUUCCCAGUAGUUGGAUGCACCUCACUCAGCCCGAAUUGCAGGAAUUAACAUCUUUGUUAGUAGUAAAUCUGGAGUUGGUGGACUGGCGGAAGUUCCUCUUAGUAGCUGCAAUGCCUUGGCCUCUGCCUCUGGAGGAAGAGCUCCUCAAGACUCUGCAGAAGUUCAAGGCUAUGGAUAGGAGUAUGUCAGGCACCGUCACUCUGGAGCAGUAUAUACAGGCUGGCCUGUGGUUUACAGGAGAUGAAAACAUGAAAGUUCCAGAAAGUCCUUCUGAGCCCUUGCCAUUCAAUAGGCAGGAACAUCUUAUAAAGUUUUUCUUUAGGCUAUUUGCUGACCACGACCGGGACCCUCCCCGGCUAGACUACACCCGGAUGCUACUUUAUUUUGCUUGCCACCCGGACACUGUGGAAGGGGUGUACAGGGCUCUCAGCGUGGCCAUCGGCACUCAUGUCUUCCAGCCAGUGAAGACUUCUAUUAGUGUCAUAGAAAAGCCCUCCUUUACUGAGAUGUAUGUCAUUGAGGAAUAUCCUGAGCUGGAAGAAAAUGCCAUAAGUGAGAAAAGGGAAACAAAAGAAGAAAGUGAAGAAAAGGAAGAAGAAACUCCUGAAAAUGCCAACACAGAGAAGAUUUCCAUAGAAACGCUACUCAAAGUGUUCCGAGGAGGAAAUGAAGUGCAGGACUCUGGUAGAUUCGCCAGGCACCUGAUGACAGAGAACACUUACUUAGAGAACUUCAUAAAAGUAUUUCAGGACUUGGGUGCCAAGGAGCUAGAGCCUAUUGAAGUUGCUGUUCUGUUGAAGCAUCCUUUUAUUCAAGACCUGAUUUUAAAUUAUCCAGACUACAAAAUUCCUGAUAUUAAACUAAUUCUGCAAAGAAGUGAGCAUGUACAAGGCAGUGACGGAGAAAGAUCUCCUUCAAGACUCACAGAGGAAAAGAAAUGA